GGAAAACUGGAGAACGGGGGGUUUGCACGGACACCUCCAGAGUUUUCUUUACAGGUAACCAUGCAGCACGCCACAGGUUCUCCCCAGCAGUUCUGCCUGCGCUGGAACAACUACCAGUCCAACCUCACCAACGUCUUCGAUCAGCUCCUGCAGAGCGAGUCCUUCGUGGAUGUCACCCUCGCCUGUGACGGACACUCGGUCAAGGCGCACAAGAUGGUCCUUUCGGCGUGUAGCCCCUAUUUCCAGUCCCUCUUCUUCGAGAAUCCUUGCCAGCACCCCAUAGUCAUAAUGAGAGACAUUAAAUGGCCGGAACUGAAGGCCGCAGUAGAAUUCAUGUAUAAAGGUGAGAUAAACGUGUCCCAAGAACAAAUCGGCCCCCUGCUAAAAGUCGCGGAGUCCUUAAAGAUCCGCGGUCUUGCCGACGUGAAUGGCGAGCAAGACGUGGUCGCCCCAGCCAGCGACCUCACCACGAGACCGUCUUCGAUAAAGCCAGCGUCUACCCCAACCAACAACAGACCUGAUUGGGAGAACAGACCACCCCAAGACGUCGACACAGAUCCGACACGUGUGAAAAAGAGACGCAGACCCUCUGGGGAGCGCAGCAGCCUGAGUAGCCCUGCCGAGAGCGCGAGCACGGAGAUUCCGGAGCCUCCCCCUUCGGUGGAGAUGUCUCCGGCACCAUCCGCGACCCCUUUGCCAUCUUCUGCGUCCGCCGAACCCCUGCAGCUCACGCUGCCUCUUCAGCCACAGGCCCAGGUGUCGCAUUCUUCAGAUGACAUGGAGAUCAAGCCGGGCAUAGCGGAGAUGAUACGCGAGGAGGAACGGGUAAGUCCAUUUUCCAAUAUUUUCGUAUUGAGUAGUAGCUAG